AUGCCUUACACUUUUCUUGCUAUGGAAAAUCCUUUAUUGGAUAUUCAAUGUAAACCCAGCAAAGAUCUCUUAGAAAAGUACAAGCUCAAGGCUAACGAUGCCAUUUUGGCUGAUGCUUCACACGAGUCUUUGUAUAAAGAAAUUGUUGACAACUAUGAAGUUGCUUAUGUUGCUGGCGGUGCCGCUCAAAACACUGCUCGUGGUGCUCAAUACCUUUUGCCGCCAAACUCUACCGCUUAUAUGGGUUGUGCCUCCGAUGACGAUUUUGGUAAGAAGAUGGCCGAUGCUGCUAAGGCUGAUGGCUUGUAUACCAACUAUCAAAUAACUCAAGAAGCUCCUACUGGUAUCUGUGCUGUUUUAAUUACUGGUAAUAAUCGUUCCCUUGUCACCAGGUUAGAUGCUGCCGAAAAGUUCCAAACUUCAUUCCUUCAGCAGCCUGAAAAUUGGAAACUCGUUGAAGAAGCUAAGUACUACUAUUUUGGCGGUUUCUUCAUCACUUUUGACGGUGGCUAUCAAUCCGCUCUUUUAGUUUCACAGCAUGCUGCUGAAAACAACAAGACUUUCGCUUUCAAUUUGAGUGCUCCCUUUUUAUCUCAAUUCUUUAAGGAACGUCUUGAUGCUGUCAUUAAAAAUACUGAUAUUCUUUUCGGUAAUGAAGAUGAAGCACGCACUUAUUCCAAGCAAGCUGGUUGGGAUACUGAAGAUGUUCAAGAAAUUGCCAAGAAGUUGUCCAAAUUAGAAAAGGGUAAUGCUAAACCUCGUAUCGUUGUCAUCACUCAAGGUGCCGAUGCUACCGUUACUGCUGUUGGUGACGAAGUUAAGGUUUUCCCUGUCAUCAAGGUUGACUCGAGUGAAAUUGUUGACACCAAUGGUGCUGGUGAUGGCUUCUGCGGUGGUUUUAUGGGUCUGUAUGCACAAGGUGUUGAUGACAUCGGACGUUGUGUUAAGGCUGCUCACUAUCUCGCCAAUCUCGUCAUCAAACGUGUUGGUCCUACUUAUCCUCCCAUGUCCGAGAGAACCAAUAUCCCCUCUUUCUAA